ACAAUAAUAGGGGUUAAAAUACAACAGUAAUAGAAGAUUCUGGUCUUUCUAUGAUCUCUUCAAAACCCAACUUUUAGAAAAAGCGGGAGGGAGAAGACAACUACGAACAACUAAAUCGGAGCUCCGGCGCCGGCGACUUUCCCAAUUUCGCUCUGCCGCCGACCACCGCACGCGGUUGUUUCCGGCAAAACUGAUCAUAUUGCAGGUGAUAUUGGGUUUUUUGUAUAUUUGUUGACAAGAGGUGGAUUGCAUUCCUUUGUCAAGUCUUGUUAACGCGAAUUGUAUUUGGAUUUUUGCUGAGUUUAUAUCAGUAUUGGAAGAUUGAAAAUGUCUGAGGGGGAGGUUAAAAAGAUCUCACGUCAAGAUAUACAACUGGUACAAAAUCUGAUAGAAAGAUGUCUACAACUUUACAUGAACCAAGGGGAAGUUGUCAGAACUCUCUUGCAUCAAGCAAAAAUUGAAGCUGGUUUCACCGAGCUUGUGUGGCAGAAGCUUGAAGAAGAAAACCCGGAAUUUUUCAGGGCAUAUCAUUUAAGGUUGAUGGUGAAGAAUCAGAUAGAGAGAUUCAAUGAUUUGCUUGAGAGACAGAUUGAGACAAUGCAGCUGUUUCCAACUGAAUCAAUCCCCUUGGCUAAUAGAUCGCAGAUUCGGGAAAUCCCACCGAACUCGACAUGUCAAGCAAGAGAUCAUCAUGCUGGACCUACUGUGAAGCCUGAGAAUGUGCACCAGACUGUUGAUGCCAAUUUAUCUCACGUAUACAAUAAUGGAGCGUCCUCGCUCCAACCAUGUAUGCAAACUUCUGUUGAUGCAUCUGCUCAUGCAAGAAGAAUUGAUCCAUCCUCAAACAUGCUAUUGGCUCAGAGCUCGAAUUUGGGAAUGGUGCAAGGUGCGAGAGGGGGAAUGGUCAAGUCAGAAGCUGAUUAUUCAGGCAAUUUACCCUUCAUGUAUGGUACUGAGACAAAUAUCCUCGAAGCUCAUCCUGGAAUUACGGAUCCAUCUGUUUCAUCUUUCAGCAGUGUAGAAUCAGAUUCACAACCAGUAAAUGAGACUCUAUUGGAUGCUGAUACAUCUUCAUUUGGUUUCUUGGGACAGAUUCCUCGAAACUUUAGUUUGUCGGACUUAACAGCUGACUUUUCUAAUAGUUCUGAUAUUUUAGAGAGCUAUUCUGGACCUGCCUUCCUGUCAACUGGUGUUAACAGUUUCUUAGAUCCACAAGAUAGGAGAGAUCAUCAAGGUCCAAUGGCUCAUGGACUCGGAAGGUUCUGUAAAUAGGAUUGCAAAAGGAAGUGGUUUGACAUGCCUGUGAUUCUGGGAUAAACAUGAAAUAACACAAGCAAAAAAGCUCUUGUUCGCCACUGUUCGUUGCUGUGCUUACACUUUGGAAAUUGGUUUUCCUAUUUUAUCCUAGAAAUAAAGUGUUAUUUUAUUGUGAGUUUUGUUAAUAGGGCCGUGAUGAAUAAGAUUUGAUGUAUGGUAUUUAUUGUUUUUCUCAAAAGGUCUGAUGUAAAAUUUUUUUUCAUAAAUUGACCUGAAGUGGUGUUUCUCUCCCUUAUGUUUCAUGACUAGCAUUAAUUUUUAAACAUGUAGUGGUGUUUCUCUUUC